AUGGAUAGUUGUUCUUCUUCUAUAGGAACAAGUUUGAUGACGGUAUUUGCAGUCUCAGGCAGCGUAGUAUUUGUUGCAAUGCAAGCCCACAAACGCCUCCUUUCCAAUUUCUUCAAGGACAUGGAAUUUGAAUUCAACAAUUCUACAGGGGGGUUGAAAGGUGAGACAAAGAAGAAGGUGAGAUUUGCCGGAGAUGUGAUCGCCGGUCGGAAUUAUUCCGGCGGCAAAUCAAGGGCGCCGGCAAAGUCAAUGUGCAAAAAUGUACACGAUGAGAAUUUGGAGGCCAUGCCCAAAAAUUGGCAAGUCAUGUACAGGGCCUCGGCCGCCGUCCUUCCCAUCCUUCCGCCGCCGUCCGGCCAUGAAGAUUCUCCAGGCGGAGGCUGCGAUUUUUUUUCCGGCGUGCAAUAG